CAUCAUACACUAUGUGUUUGUACAUAUAAGACUAAAUGGUUUUGCAUUUCAAAACAGGAUCCACCUUCCAUUGUUGAGUGAAAGUAAAACCAGACCAGUCAGAGAGCUCAGAUCCACCAGGACAACUUCUGUUUAUUAUAAUAGCUGAAAGUAUUUGCUGUGUAUCCAGUGGAACUGAGAAGUGUAUAAACCUGAGCAGUUUUGAGAUAGAGAAAAGUUAAGGAGAAGGAAAAAAAAAAGACAUGGAUGAAUAUUCUUCACCACAAGCAAAGAAAGCCAGGAGGGCUACAUCAGAUAGAAGUACUGACUUUGCAGGUGAAUCCAGCAGCCUCCUGACUGAAGAGCAGUUACAGUGUUCCAUCUGUCUGGAAGUGUUCACUGAUCCUGUCACCACUCCAUGUGGACACAGCUUCUGCAACAGCUGCCUCACACAAAGCUGGGGUAUGGGUAAACAUUAUUAUUGUCCAUACUGCAAAGAGAAAUUCACCAAGAGACCUGAACUCAAGAAGAAAGUCUCGGAUAAGCCUCAGGUUCUUUGUGACUUCUGCACUGAUGUGAAGCAGAAGGCCUUGAAAUCCUGUCUGGAUUGUGGUGUGGCUCUCUGUUCAUCUCAUUUAGAUCUUCAUAAUAAUGUUCAAAAAUAUAAGAAACACAAACUAAUAAAUGCAGUGGGGAACCUGGAGAAAUAUAUUUGCCAGAAGCAUGAGAGACCUCUGGAGAUGUUCUGUAGAGACGAUCAGAAGUGUGUGUGUCAGUUCUGUACUGUGACAGACCACAAGAAUCACAACGUUAUUCCAAUAGAGGAGGAGAGUAGAGAGAGGAAGAGUCAGCUGGGGAAAACACAGACGGAGCUGCAGCAGAUGAUCCAGGAGCGACUGAAGAAGAUCCAGGAGAUUAAUCACUCAGUAGAGCUCAGCAAAAGAAACACAGAGAAGGAGAAAUCAGACAGUAUUGAAGUCUUCACAGCUCUGAUUCGCUCCAUUGAGAGGAGUCAGGCUGAGCUGCUGGAGGUGAUGGAGAGGAAGCAGAAAGCAGCAGAGAAGCAGGCUGAAGGACUCAUUAAAGAGCUGCAACAGGAAAUCGAUGAGCUAAAGAGGAGAGACACUGAGCUGGAGCAGCUCUCACACACUGACGAUCAUCUCCACCUCCUACAGAUUUAUCCGUCACUGUGCAUCGCUCCACACACCAAGAACUGGACUGAGAUCAGGAUUAACACGGAACUGAGUGUGGAAGCUCUGAGAACGACUGUCUCUCAGCUUCAGAAGACUCUGAAUGAGAAACUCAGUGUAACUCUGAAUGAGAAACUCAGUGUAACUCUGAAUAAGAAGCUGAAGGAAAAAGUCCCCACAGAACUGAAGAGGAUUCAGCAGUAUGCAGUGGAUGUGACUCUGGAUCCUGAUACAGCUUCUCCUCGUCUCAUCUUGUUUGAUGGUGGGAAACAAGUGACGUGUGGAGACACAUGGCAGAAUUUCCCAGACACCCCAAAAAGAUUCACUAAGCAUCCAAUUGUCCUGGGAAAUCAGGGUUUCUCCUCAGGGAGGUUUUAUUAUGAGGUGCAGGUCAGCGGGAAGACUGAGUGGAUUUUAGGAGUGGCCAGAGAGUCUGUUAACAGGAAGGGGAAGAUUGCACUUACACCUCGGGAUGGAUUCUGGACUAUGGCUCUGAGGAAGGGGAAUGAGUAUAAGGCUUAUGAUGAUACCAGUAUCUCCCUCUACCUGAGAAAGAAGCCCCAGAAGGUGGGCGUGUUUGUGGAUUAUGAUCUGGUCUCCUAUGAUGUUGAGGCCAGGUCUCAUAUCUACUCUUUCACUGGUCAGUCUUUCACUGAGAAACUCUAUCCAUACUUCUGUCCUUUUGAAACUGGAAGUAAAAUGUCAGCACCACGGAUAAUCUCUCGUGUAUCAAAGACUGAAUAAGUUCUCACCUCAUCUAUUCAGUAAUGUAUGAAAUGACCAGAAUGGAAGACAUUGUGUCUCUUUUGUCAAAUUGUAAGUAAAGUUGUGUAAAUGUUUUUCGUAGGACAAACUGAAGAAAACAUUUCUGCUUUAUUAACUCUGACUUUCUUCAAACUCACCUGUGUAUGUUGAUGAAUGCCAAUCACCUGUAAAGUCCAAAUCACAUACAAAUUCCAUAAAAGAAAAAGCUCACAGAGAGCUGAAAGAAUAAACUAUGCAGAAGUACAUAACAUUCUUUCUAAUAAGCAAAUGUUUGUUUUAAAAUCUGAUUAGCAAGACGAAGCUCAGUGCUCGGAUUAGUUUCUAUCCCAUUUUGGAUAAAAAGUGCCUGCUACAUAUAUAAAUGUACAAUAUUUUCUGGUUAGCAGUGUGUGUGAGAUUUGUAUGUUCUCUGGUGGUCCAGCAAUCUCA